UGAUUUGCGAUGCCCCACGCUCUUGGAUGACCGUCCACCAUUUGGCCUGUGCCAGAGACAGUUUGACAUCGUCGCUGAGCCGACCGCAUCUCUUCUGUGUCCAGUUUUGAAUUCUAGGUCAAAAUGGUGUACUAUUACACAUCGAACGUGGUCAGUCCCUCGGCUUUUAUCUACGCGGGGAAGGACAAAUACGAGAAUGAGGAUCUUAUCAAAUAUGGACUAGAGAAGGACGUCUGGUUCCAUGUCGACAAUCUUUCCAGUGCGCAUAUCUACCUGCGACUCCGCGACAAUGAAACUUGGGAUAAGAUCCCCCAAGAGCUUCUCGAUGACUGUGCCCAACUCACCAAAGCGAACUCCAUUGACGGAAACAAGAAAGAUAACAUAACCGUGAUCUACACGCCAUGGUCGAACCUGAUGAAGAACGCAUCGAUGGCAGUCGGUCAGGUCUCUUUCCACAACCCGAAGAUGGUCAAGAAGGUUUUCGUCCCCGCACGUGAAAAUGCGAUCGUGAACCGCCUAAACAAGACAAAAGUCGAAAAGUUCCCGGAUCUGAUGGCUGAGAAGGAAGAAUAUCUGAAGAAACAGCGAAAAGAGGAGAGGCGGCUAAGGGAGGAAAAGAAAGCCGAGGAAAAGAAGGCCAAGAAGCAGAGGGAAGAGAUGAAAUGGCAAAAGGAACAUGCCUAUGAUGACAUGUUCAGCGAGGAGAAUCUCCAAAUGAGCAGCAACCAGGACCGGGAUCCGGAUUUCCUUGACGAUUUCAUGUAAAGAUACCAACUUAUCUUCGUCCAAGAGGAAGACGGUUUGCAAGAUUUCUCAGAGCUAGCUUCAAAGGAGCAGCCGGAGCAGGAACAGUCACAGUGAUAUUGUGGGUCGAUGACCACAAGGAUUCUCAUAUUGAGAUACAGUGGCGUCGCCGACAAAGCGCAGAAUAUUUCGCGCUACUUGAACCUGAUAUCUCUCCAUCACGGGGCUUCAUUUUCAUCCAUUUACGAGUGACGACAAAGGCAGCCAUCUACAUACAAAACAUAUAAAGCAUACAAAAGUCAAAAGGAUCAAUCUAUCAUUUUCCAAAUAUGGUAUACUUUUUCAAACCUCGCUGACAUGAAUAUUGGGACCGGGUCGAGUGCGUAGGGUAAAUUGGUCUUGAAAGUAGUUACUACAGAGAUGAGUAAUUACGUAUCUAUGGUAGGAACAAACAAACAAUAUACAUGGA